UUUGGCAUGGUUACAUGGUACAAUACAUUGUCUGCUAUUAAUAGAGUAAGCAAAAUAUUGCAAAGUGAAGACAUGUCUAUUGAUGCUGCGAUUAGUCACAUGAAAGCACUUAUUUCAUUUUUUGAAGCAUAUAGAGAAACUGGAUUUGAAUCCGACAAAAUUACUGCUAAAGAAAUUGCUGAUCAAAUGGAAGUUGAACCUACAUUUCAUGAAAAACGUAUUAUUCAUAGAAAGAAGCACUUCGAUGAAAAUGUUAAUGAUGAGAUAACACAUUCACCUGAAGAAUCAUUUAGAGUUGAUUAUUUCUUGUACAUAGUUGAUCAAGCUCUUUCUUCGCUUAAGUUAAGAUUUGAACAAUUUCAAAGUUACGGUUGCAUCUGUGGAAAGGAGCUUCUCAAAGUUGAAGUUGAUAAAAUCCUAUCUUUGAUCAACAAUGUCACAAGAAAGAUUGAAUGGCUUGGCCAUGGUAUCUAUUGA